AAUGUUUUCACAUUUCAGUUGACUGUGAGCUUUAGAUGAAAAUGAAGCUGUUUCUGUUGCUAGUCCUAGCGACUGUCCUGGCGCUAAGUCAAGCCUUGGUGAAAGAGGAGAUACAGGCCAAAGAGUAUUUGGAGAAUCUGAAUAAAGAGCUGGCCAAACGCACAAAUGUGGAAACUGAAGCCGCUUGGGAUUAUGCCUCAAACAUAACCGAUGAGAAUGAGAAGAAGAAAAAUGAAAUAUCCGCCGAAUUGGCCAAAUUCCUGAAAGAGGUCUCAGCCGAUAUACAGAAAUUCCAAUGGCGUAGCUAUCAAUCGGAGGAAUUGAAACGUCAAUUCAAAUCUCUAGCAAAAUUGGGUUAUGCCGCUUUAUCAGAAGCUGAUUAUGCUGAAUUUUUGGAGACUGUCUCGGCCAUGGAAUCAAAUUUCGCAAAGGUCAAGGUCUGCGACUAUAAGGAUGAUAAGAAAUGUGAUUUGGCCCUAGAACCCGAAAUUGAGGAGGUGAUCACCAAGAGUCGUGAUCCAGAGGAAUUAAAGUAUUAUUGGCGUGAAUUCUAUGACAAGGCUGGAACACCAGUGCGUUCUGAGUUUGAGAAAUAUGUCGAACUUAAUACCAAGGCUGCCAAAUUGAAUAACUUUACAUCUGGUGCUGAGUUGUGGUUGGAUGAAUAUGAGGAUGCAACAUUUGAGCAACAACUUGAGGAUAUAUUCGCCGAGAUACGUCCACUCUAUGAGCAAGUUCAUGGCUAUGUGCGUUAUCGUUUGAGAAAGUAUUAUGGUGAUGAGGUGGUAUCCGAAAAGGGUCCCUUACCCAUGCAUUUAUUGGGCAAUAUGUGGGCCCAACAAUGGUCUGAUAUUGCGGAAAUUGUCUCACCUUUUCCCGAGAAGCCAUUGGUCGAUGUCAGCGAUGAGAUGGUCAAACAGGGUUAUACAGCUCUAAAAAUGUUCCAAAUGGGCGAUGAUUUCUUUACCUCCAUGAAUCUAACCAAGUUGCCACAAGACUUUUGGGAUAAAUCGAUUAUUGAGAAACCAACCGAUGGUCGUGAUUUAAUUUGCCAUGCCAGUGCCUGGGACUUUUAUCUCAAGGACGAUGUGAGGAUCAAACAAUGCACCACUCUCACUCAGAGUCAAUUGUUCACAGUGCAUCAUGAGCUUGGACAUAUACAGUAUUUCCUGCAGUAUCAGCAUUUACCAUUCGUUUUUCGUACUGGUGCCAAUCCUGGCUUCCAUGAGGCUGUCGGCGAUGUCCUUUCGCUUUCAGUGUCCACGGUUAAGCACUUGGAAAAAAUUGGUCUAUUAACCAAUUAUGUACAAGAUGAAGAGGCUCGCAUUAAUCAGCUUUUCUUGAUGGCCUUGGAUAAGAUAGUUUUCCUGCCAUUUGCUUUCACAUUGGACAAAUGGCGCUGGGCUUUGUUCCGUGGUCAGGUGGAGAAGGAGAAUUGGAAUUGUGCCUUCUGGAAGCUAAGAGAUGAAUAUUCAGGAAUUGAACCACCAGUUGUGCGUAGUGAGAAAGAUUUUGAUGCCCCAGCUAAAUAUCAUAUAUCCGCUGAUGUCGAGUAUUUGAGAUAUUUGGUCUCCUUUAUCAUACAGUUCCAGUUCUACAAGUCUGCCUGCAUCAAGGCUGGACAAUACGAUGCUUCAAAUGUUAAUUUGCCUUUGGAUAAUUGUGAUAUUUAUGGCAGUGCAGCUGCAGGAGAAGCCUUCCACAACAUGCUUUCUUUGGGUGCCUCGAAACCCUGGCCAGAUGCAUUGGAGGCCUUCAAUGGCGAACGUACAAUGACUGGCAAGGCUAUUGCUGAAUAUUUUGAACCUCUGCGCGUUUGGCUAGAAGCUGAAAAUAUCAAAAAUAAUGUCCAUAUAGGCUGGACUUCAUCCGAUAAGUGUGUGGCCUCUUAAAUGUCUUGAAUUUUAAACAUUUUGUAUCAUGCUUUUUGAACUUCUUUUUUGCUCAAUAAAGUUGUCAAGAAA